UUGGUGUGUAUAUUAUUGUUGUACAGGAACCGUAAAGGAGCCGUACAUCCGGUGAGAUGUAAACUACCAGCAAUCAUGGCGGAGGGUUCAAGCAAAGCUUUGGAUGACGUCACACCACCCGCUGAAGAAAAAGAAGAAGAAGAAGAAGAAGAAGAAAUAGUAACUCUUGAUUUUGAUGACGACACUUUGACAGGUGAGCUUAGUGCGGCUUUCUUUUCAAGACGAGUCUUCGUAAUCAUGUUUCCUGUGUUAUAACCCACGUACGUUUUACUUGAUUUGUUUUCUUUAGCUUUUUUCCUUCUCUUUGAAGUUAUUUCGGGUAAGAUUUCUUUCUGUGAUGCGGGCACUUCGUAAUGAAAACAGUCUGAAGUGACGAGAUUUGUUAUUUCGCAAUAUUUUCUGCAGGAGGUUCUACCACUUCAUAUACCAGAGCCCUUUUGAAAGACAGUUUGUGAAGAUAAAGGAGAUAAACUUAUUUUAUCCCCUUUUGUUUUCAAAUACCUUGGCCACAAUCGAUGGUAGUUUUCAAUUUAAUAAAUGUUGCUAAAAUUGUUUUGUUUCAGCGAUAGUUGAAGUUUACAAGAAUGAAGGUAACGAGGUUUGCUUAAAAGGAGAUUUUCUCAACGCCUCUCACUUUUACACGGAAGGAAUUAAAGUGAAAUGCGGAAACAAAGAAUUGAAGGCCAAACUGUACAACAACAGGGCGACAGUACAUUUCAAAUUAGGUGAGAAUUAUGAAGACAUUAAU